UUUUUAUUCUAUUUUCAAUUGAAGGGAUUCGUUUUUGUUGCUGUUGCUUUAGUGAACUUCUGCACGACACCUCAUCGGAAAUGCCGAAGUUCUUCUGCGAUUAUUGCGACACGUUCUUGACGCACGACUCGCCGUCAGUCAGAAAAACUCAUUGUUCCGGCAGGAAACACAAAGACAAUGUCAAGUUUUAUUAUCAGAAAUGGAUGGAAGACCAGGCGCAAAGUUUGAUUGAUGCAACGACCGCGGCUUUCAAAGCUGGAAAAAUUCCGUCUGCGAAUCCUUAUGGCAUGGCAGCAGGAAUGGGUCGUGGGGCUGCCAUUCCUCCACCUGCGGGUCUUGGAGGGCCAGUUGGAGGACCGAGACCUCCAAUGCCCGGCAUGCAAGUUGGUGGCCCACCGAUGCGGCCCGGUAUGCCGCCACCGGUGGGUGCGAGGCCAGGAAUGCCGCCUGGUGGCCCGCCACCACAAAUGAUGGGACCAAUGGGACAGAUGAUGCAAGGGCCCCCUGGAGGCUACCCCAUGCAGAUGAGACCUCCGAUGGGCCCGAUGAUGGGUGGGCCCAUGAUGGCCCCGGGCAUGAGACCACCUCAUAUGAUGGGACCACCAGGCGGUGGUUUUGGUGGGCCAGUGCCGCAAUGA